CCCCAUUGACGUCACGAGCUGGAAUUCCUCUCCGUCGGGGGUGCGCGCGCGCCCAAAGCUUGGCAGGCGCUCGAGGGGGAUCAAGCCUAAGAAGCAAGGGGCGGAGUGGGGUGACAGCCGGGCAACGAGCCAGCCCGCCCAAGGCGGGCCCCAGGAGCCUUGUCGGAGGUAGACCCACCACCUGGGUCGUGCUCGCUCUCUCCCCCCCACCUCUCCCCGCACCGCAGUGCUCGCUUUCUCGUGCUGUCAAGUCGCGGGAGCCUCCCAGACAUGUGCCGCCUCAACACAGUCCUGGCCGUAGCCCGGGCGUGAGCGUUUGCUGCUGCGUCUGGCGCUGGUGCAGUCGCCUCUGCUGUGGUGUCUCUGGCUGCUGCCGGCGCCUCCUCCGUUUCUGUCUGCAGAGGAAAAACAGAAUGAAGGAGGUAAUGUCUAAUAACAGUACAACAAGUAUAUCUCAAGCAAGAAAAGCAGUGGAGCAAUUAAAAAUGGAGGCAUAUCUGGACAGGAUAAAGGUGUCUAAGGCUGCUGCUGAUUUAUUGGCAUACUGUGAUGCUCAUAUGGGAGAAGAUCCCCUUAUUAUACCAGUGCCUGCAUCUGAAAAUCCCUUCAGGGAGAAGAAGCUCUUGUGUACUAUCCUUUGAAUCACUUUGCAAUGAAAAAUGUCCCUUGUGAAAAUAUGUUACUGAUGGUGCAUGUUUUUCCUGAAGACUCUGUUACAAUAGUUUAGUCCAACAGUGGCUAUUUCUAAGAACACAAAACAUUUUGGGGUUAUAAUAAGGAUUUACAUGAAAGGCUAGGAUAUUGUUCGUUUUUCUAUCAAGCUCUGAACUAAAUAUUUCUGUGAUUGACUGUUUCUUUUUUGUAAUGAAAGGACUGUAUUUGGUCUCAUAUUUAGACUAGGCCAACUAGACUUUGUGUGAGUGAGACUGAUAUCAAGGUGAGCAACACCUCAUCAAGCUUUUUAAAAAAACCUUUCAUUUCAUCUAAGAAAAGCAGAUUCAACAAAUAGUGCUGUGCUUUGUGACACCAUUUUAAACAACGGAGCUCUAUUUUUACAUAUCUUGCGUCAACAGUAAUUCCUGAUCAAAAUAUAUGUUUGUUUGUUUUCUAGUUUAAGCACAUUCAAAACCUUAAAGUCAAACUGAGACUGUGCUGAUUUCAUCUCAGAUGGAAGCCAUGGUUGAAUUUAAUCCCAUUUGUCAAAUAGUGUCCAUGGUCAAAUAGUAUUAAUUUUUUCAAUUGGCAGAGCCAGUACAGGUUGUGCAGUCCAAACUGUAGUGUGUUUGGUUAGUCCAUUCCUUGAUCCAGGCCAGCUUUUGAAUGGGGCUUUAGUUACUUGUAUUCCAGUCCUGGGGUAGAGGUGGGGCUAACAAACAGCCAGCAUCCAGCGCCUUGGAAAAGCAGUCUGCACUUGCCUCUCUGAACAUAGAUAGUAUCUAUUUCAUUAAACUAUUGAUAGUCCUGAUUCCACUCCACUGCCUUGUCCUUGCAUACUACAACUCUUUCCCUUGGAUUCUACACAAAUGAAGAAUUGUCACCCUAAAUUCUCCAAACCUUGGUGGUGUUUUUUUAGAUACUGAUUCUUACACUUUACACCAUGGAGCCAGCAGUGCAAGAUGGUGUCAUCUGGACACACUCUAGUAAUUGAUUUUACCCCAACUUGGAUACCAAAAUAUCACUAAUUUAGUAAUCUGCAUGCUUUUAGUACAGUUCUGCACACACUAAACAACUGUGUUCUCUAUGUUAGCUCUAAAAUAUUUCCUUAUGCCUUGUGAAUUGGGGCACAAAGAUUUACAUGCCCCCCCCCUUUCAGGCUACCAGGUAGUAUAUCUGCAUUAAACCAUUAACUUGCUUUGUGCUAUGUGAUCAACAGUGUUACUGUGUGAUAUAUCCUUUUUUCCUCACUGAUGUUUUUAUGUUUUUGAUAUUAAUUUAAUAAAGAGGAUAUUGAUUUGUGA